AAAGACGAAAUCAUAAUUUAGUCAGAGGCUUUUGCCCUAAAUCAUGAGCAAAACCAAACCAAAAUGAGAAAAAACCAAGGAACAGGAAUGAAACACUCAGAGAACUAAUCCAGCACAAUUCCAAUAAGGUGCAGAUCCAGUGUAAGUAUUUUUGGGGAGUAGCUUUGGAUGUGCAUUAGAUAAAAUAAACAUGUUAAAUUCUGGGUGGACAGUGCCUGUGACACAAAAAUUAAAGGCACAAAUUGGGAGGGUUUGAAUUGAAACUGGGAGGUCCUUGCUUUACAUGUGCUGUCCAGACUAAAUUCCACUGCAAUUUAAAACACUGACAAUUAAUUAACAAUACAAUAACAGUGAUUAUUAAGAGUUUCAUUAAUUUAAAACUGUCCUCAAGGAGCCCUUGGAGCCUCACUGGAGGAAGGGAGGAUACCUUCCAAAUGGCUUGUUUUCCCCAGUAAGUUAAUUCUUGUAGGAAAAACUAAGAAGCCAGUUUGUAAAUACUGGAAAUAAAAUAGCUGAAGUUUGCUGUAUAAAACUUUAAAACAUAAAACCCUAUGUUGAACUGCAUCUGCAGUUUAAAAUUGCUGCUUUUGGCAGCAAGCUAGUUCUCUCCCAGCAUGAGCAAUUUAUUCCUGAUCUGACUGAUAAAAGAAGGCAAUAAAGCUACAUGAACACUAAAUGACUCCUAUUUCCUGAGGAGAAAUUAGUCUGUUCCCAUGAUACACCAAAGAUAACUUUGGUGUUCCUUUUGUAAUGUUUUUUCCGUGGUCAUUGAUAGUUCUCUGACUUGUGCACUUGCAAUGGGUCACGAAGAUUUUUGGAGGCAUUCUGUGGUGGAUGGAAAUCAACUUUCUUGUCUUUGCUAAGAAUGCCUGUAAAUGUAGCCUAAAUUCAUAGAAUUUAAUUUAAAUCUAAUAUGAUUUAAUAUGAAGGGCAGUACUGAGGAGAACUUUGUGUUCAGGUGGGUUGUGUGAUGGAAGAAGGAUCUGUUUGCCUAAGGAAGGGCAGGAUAUUUACUUAAUUGCUUGCAGAGUCCUUGUCUUGCCUGGAACUACCCAAAACAAACAUUAAGAAACAAAUUACUAAAUACUUAUUGAUCAGAGGAAUUAUUUAUUGUUUGUACUACUGGGAAUAAUCCUCUGAAAAUAUUUUUAAAAUACCGCUAACAUCUGAUUUGUUGUAUAUUUGUAAGAACUGGUUUUUCCUCAUUGCUGUUCUUUACUGUGUGUCAGUGGUGGCUCAAGCUGUGUUCUUUGAGCUCUGUGCAAAUUAUUUUAUGAUGUUAGAGAUUCUAAUGAGUGUUUUUUACAUCUGGAUGGAACCUUCCACGAAGCAAGAUGCGUUCUUUAAAAUAAUCCUGACGCUUUUUCUCUCUUAAAGCUGCUCCAGGUUUACAGUGGAGUCACCUGGGUGCAGGUUAUACCUUAUCCUUAAAAACACAUGACACUGGGAAUCCUCACUGGUAAUUUUAGUUUCUUUUUCUCGCUGUUUUUUUUUUUUUUCUCCUUUUCCAAGCGGUGAAGAAUUUUAGAACUUCAAGUACUUCCUAAUCCAUGAAUUUCCACCUGAGAGUAAAACAAGUUAAAACGCAGCCGGGCGUUACUUGGCAUUCCAUGCCAGGGAUGGAUUUCACGGAAGCCUAUUCCGACCGGUGCUCGGCCGUGGGCCUUGCGGCCAGAGAAGGAAACGUUGAGAUACUGAGGGAAUUGAUCAGUCGGGGAUACAGCGUCGAUGUCCCGGAUAACAGGAGGUGGCUGCCCAUCCACGAAGCGGCAGCGCACAAUUCCAGUGAGUGCCUGAAGCUGCUCAUUGAUACAGCUCCAGGCGAUGACUACAUCCACUCGAGGACGUUUGAAGGGAUGUGUGCUCUGCACCUCUCGGCCCGUCACGGCUCUCUGGAAUGUCUCCGGCUUCUCCUGGAAGCUGGGGCUGAUCCCGACAACGUCACCACCGAAUCUGCCACCACCCCACUCUUCCUAGCUGUUGAAAAUAAACAUGCAGAGGUUGUCAAGUUCCUGCUCCAACACGGAGCAAAUAUUGAAGGUUCUCAUUCUUGGUCUGGAUGGAAUUCUUUGCACCAAGCUUCCUUUCAGGGUUCCACUGACAUAAUGCAGAUGCUCCUGGAGAAAGGGGCCAGCAAGGACUGUCGUGAUGACUUUGGGAUCACCCCUCUGUUUGUGGCUGCUCAGUAUGGCCAGCUGGAGAGUCUGAGGCUGCUGCUGUCCCACGGUGCAGACGUCAACUGCCAGGCCAAGGACAGGGCCACUCCCCUGCUGAUUGCUGCGCAGGAGGGACACCUGGAUUGUGUGAAGCUGCUGCUGACUGCAGGGGCAGACCCAAACCUCUACUGCAACGAGGAUAACUGGCAGUUACCCAUCCAUGCAGCAGCUGAGAUGGGCCAUGCAAAGAUACUGGAGCUGCUGAUUCCCGUCACUGACCGGAUCUGUGACAAGGGUGAGGGCAAAGUGAGCCCCGUGUACUCGGCGCUCUACGGCGGGGACGGGGAGUGCCUGGAGAUGCUGCUCAAGCAGGGCUUCAGCCCAGAUGCUCAGGAGUGCCUGGACUUCAGCUGCAGGUCCCCCAUGUGCAUGAUUUUCCAAAAGCAGUAUUAUCAGUUCACUGAUGUCCUUCUGAAAUAUGGCAUCACCCUGCGUGGGAUCAACUUGGCACACUGCCUGUGCCAUAAGAAGUUUGCUCUGUUCCGGCGCUUCCUGAGGUCUGGCUGCUCCCUGCCCUCAGAGGAGGAAUUAACAGACUUCAUCCUCUCCAGCAGCACGGUGCAGAAGGAAUACAAGGAAUGGCUGCCCUGCCUGCUCCUGGCUGGCUUCAACCCCGUGAAUUUCAUGCACAAGUUCUGGAUUUUCUCCAUGAGUGAGGAUGUCCUUAAUUUUGUCCUGGAGUUCAUGAAUUGGAGCAGACUUCCUCCAACUGUGGAGCAACACCUUUCCCAAUACAAGGAGAAGUUCACUUGGACUUCCAAGAGCCAUUUUGCCUUCCUUCCUUCCCUGUCCCACCUGUGCCGCCUGGAGAUCCGGUCCCUGCUGGGCAGCGAGCGCCUGCGCUCGGAGCGCGUGAUCCGGGAGCUGCCGCUGCCAGCCUGCCUCCAGGACUACCUGCUCUACCUGGAUGUGCUGCGAGCCAACAGUGUCCCAGAGCUGCAGGAUUGCCUGGAGCAGGGAGAGGAGGGAGCUCCUUCCAGUCCUUCCCAGGAUGGGGAAGAGGGACAGCAGUGACAGCGGUGCUCCGUGAGAGCGGUGUCAGUGCCCGGACUCUGCAGCUGCAGGUCUUGUAAUGGGAAUCAGGAGACACGGCAGGAGAACUGCUGUAAAUGUCUGUUCUCCUCCCGUGUAAUCAUUCUUUUCACACUGUAGUUUUGUACUACAUCUAGAAAUUUCCUAUGGGCUCUAUGAUUUGCUUGUUUAAAAUCUGUAGCUCCGUAAGUGAACAUUUUCUGUUUCUUUUCUAACUCUUGGGAAGUAAAAUGAGCUUUUUCAGUGAACACAGCUUACAGAGUAGUCAAAAUCUGUCCAUUGACACUUUAUUCCAACUACAGCAUUUACCAAAUGAAA